CGAUAUUAUUAUCUUAUCUCUCCCGCACCCCCACCAACUGUUCCUUACUCCGUGGCUUUCAGUCUCCACUUGCAGAAUUUCAGGUGAUUUGAAUCCUCGACGAAUCCGACGGAAGUAUGCAAAGCGACGAGCCUUUGACAUUGGUCUACAAAACUUGCGAUUCUGGACCGAUUAGAUUGGACGUUCACCCUCCGACUGAAGUGAUCUCGGGCGUUGGUGCGAUUGUAUACUUUCAUGGUGGUGGCCUCACAGUCGGAAAUCGCAAGAGCUGGUUUCCGACAUGGUUGCAGAAACGCGUGAAUCAAGCAGGGCACCUCUUAAUAUGUCCGGAUUAUCGUCUCCUUCCAACCGGUGGUGUAACCGGGCACGAGAUACUACAAGACAUUCGCGAUCUCUUCGCUUUCAUCUUCGGCUCCGAAUUUGAGAAAGCUCUAGACAAACUUCAAUCAAAAGAAGGGGCAUCCUCCAAACUCGACCCCAAUAGGAUCGCUGUCGCUGGAACAAGUUCAGGUGGUACCUGUGCUUAUCUUGCAGCUAUCCACAUAGAACCUAGACCACGAGCAGUAUUAUCAAUGUACGGCAUGGGUGGCGACUUUCUGAUUCCACACUACUACACAUCAAAGACAACGCCCUUCUUUCGCGGACGAGAACUAUUGGAGCCCAAGAAGUUCACUCAGUAUCUCUAUCCGUCCGUCUCUUCGGAGCCUUCAAAAUCCAUCUCAGAAUCUUCACUAGAGUACCACCCACCAACAUCCCCCACGCCUGGUUAUCCUGCAAAUCCUCACAUGCUUCUUUCACGACUUUAUCUUCAGCUUGGCUCGUUCCUCGACUACUACACUGGCCAGCAUCACCCAAGCCUGAGCGCUUCCUUACGUGAAACGUCCUACCAAAAUUCGGAACCUGGAACCAGGAAACUACUACCGGGAAACAUAGACGAUCGUCAUUCCUGUCUAUUUCCUAGCUUGAAUGUACAUCCAAACUGGCCACCAACUCUCCUCGUUCACGGUUCCGAAGACAGUGCCGUUCCAGUUGCCGAAUCUCAGCAUCUGCACGAAUUGCUGCUAGCGGCGGGAGUGUCGUCCGAAUUGAAAGUCGUAGAAGGAAAAGAACACUCAUUCGAUUAUGAGCCUGACGCGGAGACUAAAUACCAAGAUUUAUUUGACCAUAUUGGUCGCUUCUUGGAUACCCAGCUUAGGUAGCGUUUUCUCGGUCUUGAAUAGAUAUCGUUCGAGUUCAUCUUCGCCCCCGCGUCUUAGCGCCUUUUCAUCUGAGAGCUAUGGUCAUUGCGAGACAGUCAUCGAGAUCCAGCAGUGAUAGUACGGAUAUCACUAUCACCAGUCGACCCUCAUUCCCCUUACCCUACCCCCACAUCUGACCCACCGUCACCGUCCUCCUUCACCAUAUCCACUAGUAGUGAUACUCGAACCGGUAGUAGUGGUGGUGGUGGAGAUGGCACAUCAACCUCACAUUUGUCGUUCUCAAGCGGGACAGUCCCUUUUGCCUUACGGGGGGAGGGAAGAUGAUUCUGAAUCGAAACCCAAAGCCAAAGUGAUCGUGUGAUGGAGAAAUAAGAGAAGAUGGCGAAACUUGGCGUGAUGCGGAGUCGGAAGUCUAGUGGCGUCGCAUGGCUGAAGAAGAUCCCCCUCCGGCUCGGCGAGCCGAUUGAUUGCUAGUCCUGGAUCUCCUAUACCAGACACAAGACUACGUGCAUAUCUAUCCACGGCACCAGAGAUCGUUAACCACCUCGAAGAUUUCGCCAAGGAGACCUUCCACACUACUGCACUUUACAUGAAAUAGCCUGGAAAAAUAAAGACCGUACCACCUUUGUCGAAGAUGUUGUUGGCUCUUACAAAUCCCUCAAACUUUUCCGGUUAUUCGCUGACAAGUCUCCAAAACGCC